UAACAUAUUUGUUAGAAUGUAGACGAUAAAAACUUCUUAUAUACUUCUUUUUUUUUUUCCUACUGAACAUAUCGAUACAAUCUAUAGUCAGGUUUGUGUUUUAGCGCACUUUAUGAAAAAGAGACAUCUUUCCGAAAGAGGUUGCUGAAACUUCUAACAAGCAGUAGAAAAGAGAAUAAUAAGACAGAGAACCAUGACAAAAACAAGACAAACCGAGGCAAAUGAAAGUAAUUCAAAGGACAUAACCCUAAACUCCAAAAGAGAGUUUCACCAAGUCCAAACUUCAACCUACUGGUUACCAAAAGACGAAGAGGAACAGUUUAGAUUAAUGGCACAACAUUCUGUUAUUAAAGACUUGUUUGGGGGCAACAUUCUAAGUAGUGUAACCAAGAAUCUCGAUUUCAACAAGGAGUUAGCCGUAUUGGAUGUUGGAUGUGGUUCAGGCGUGUGGCUUAUGGACACGAUAUGCGAAUAUCCAAAGUGCAAGUAUUAUGGUUGCGAUAUGGUGGAUGUCAUCAACCGAAAGCUUGCAAACUUCACGUUCAACACUGGAAACGUACUUGAGGGGCUCCCUUAUCCGGACAAUACAUUUGAUUUUGUUCAUAUGCGUCUUUUUGUCUUUGGCUUAAGAGAGGUUGAGUGGCCAAAAGCCAUCAAAGAAGUUUUACGUAUCACCAAACCAGGCGGUUUCAUACAGUUUAUAGAAUCAGAUACAGAGAUACCAAGGAAGAAUGACGAUGCUUUCUAUGAUACCGUAGUAGCAAUGCACAAAAUCUGUAAAGAAAGAGGACAAACUCCUCUUAUUGGCAGAAAGUUAGAAGGGUUGGUAAGAAGAGCUGAUAAUGCCAGAGUAAUAGAAGUAAAGUUUGCAACACUUGAUACUACCAGUAAUUCAAGCACAGCCAAGAGAAUGGCCUGGAAUUGGGUUGAGCUUAUAAAGGGAACAAUGUCUUCUUAUGGCCCUGCAUUAGGACUUAAGGAUGAAGCUGAACAAAAGAAAUAUUUAAAGGAGUUUAGGCAUUGUUUGGAUAACGUUCAUGGAAGCUUUCAGUCAUACGGAGUUGUCGCUCAAAAGGCUCUGUAAUAGUGUUAAUAAACAUGAAAGUUUUGCCUAUUGAGAUUUACACUUGUUGGCCAAGAUAGCUCGAAUUUAUUUUCCUGCGCUUUGCACAUAAUAGGCAUGCACUGCUCACUAGUCAUUUACACAACUGCAUAUGCGCUAUGUCCAUCAGCAUGUUUCCUUAUUUAGAAACAACAUUGGAAAUAAAGACUUACAUGUGUAAUCAUCCGCUUUUAAUGAGUGAGUGUUAGUAGAG